AAAAAUAAAUAAAAUUACGAAAAUGAAAACCUACAAUCCACGUGGCAAAUACAUGACCGACAACGGCUCAACUGAAGCUGAACGACCUCUCGUUUCCGUCUCCCUCUCCAAUGGAUAAACCUUCAUGGCCUCCACCUCUCUUCUUUCACCGACGGCCACCGCCACGGCCACCGCCACCGCCACCGACACCGCCUCCGCUUCCAAAACCCACCAGUUCGUCCACAUCUCUUCCAAACUUCCUUUCCCUAACCUCCACUUCAAAUCCAUAUCCAGAAACAACAGACAGUCCACCAAACUCCACGUCUCUUCCCCAACUAACCAACCUACCACUACGAGCACUCCCUCCAAACCCUUCUCCAAAAACCCCAAAGAAGAAACCAUCUUCUUCGAUGGUGGAGCCCACUACGAUGACCUCGUAGCUAAUGUACUUCUGGGUUUCACUCUUCUGUGGCUGCCUUUGACUCUAGCUGCAGUUUCAAGGGCCUUUUUCCUGAGGUACAGGUUCACCAACCUGCGGGUGACGGUUAUUUCAGGGCUGACGGGUCAGGAUAGGAGUGACUUCUCUUACAAGGUAAUUAAGGACGUCCAAGUGGUGCCACGUUUCAUAGGUGAGUGGGCUGAUGUUAUCAUUACCUUGAAAGAUGGAACAAAGGCUGAUCUUCGGAGUGUGCCUAGGUUUAGAGAGAUUGCAAAGUACUGUAUCUCUAUGGCUGAGAAGCCUGUUGUUUUGAAGGAAACUGGACCCAAAGGGUUCUAGGUUAAGUUUCCUUUUUUUCUUGUCAUAUGUAAAUUUUUGUGUUUUGUUUGAUUUUGAUAGAAUGUUGGUGUUACAUUAAUUUAUAG